AUGGCUGGGAGCAACCAGGACACCACACAGAGCAGCAUGAACCUGCUCCUGGGCACAGUCCUGCUGCUGCUGGUGCUGCCCGCCCUGGGGCGGGGUCAUGGGCGACACCAGUGCUGUAAUGUGAUGGUGGAGCCGGAGGAGCAAGGGGAUAGGAUGCUCAGCCCUGACCUGCCGCAGCACUGCCCGAAGCUGGGGCGCUUGGGCAGCCCUGCAUGUGCCUGCCUGCAGGAGCUCAGGCUGCUGCAGGCGGUGAGGCCAGUGCUGCAUAGUCGGCUGGCUGGGGUGAAAGUGCUGCUCCUGAAUGUCAGCAGGGCUGUCACCCGGGACAUCCUCAUCGCUUUUUCCCCCAUGGAGAGCCCCAGGAUGCUGAAUGUGACAGAGAAGGGGAAGGCAGGGAAAAUCCAUCUCCCUCGAGGGAUAUUCCAGUCCCUGAGCAGCCAAACAGUGCACGUGGUGGUGAUGGUCCUCAGCAUCCCACAGCUGGGCAUGUUCCAGGAGGUCAACCAGACAGGGCAGGUCCUGGAUGACACCGUGGUGGGCAUCACAGUGGGAGAGACGAGCAUCUCUGGGCUGCAGGACCCUGUGCAGCUCACCUUCACCCAUGGGCAGCUGCCCCGCGUCAGUCAGCCAUGCCCUCCCUCCAUCCCUCCUCUGCUACUCCUCACUGAGGCGUCGGCUGAUACUGGUCUACCCUUGCAGGGCAUCACCCCACAGUGUGUCUUCUGGGAUCCCAGCAAAGGGCAGGCAGGAGGCUGGAGCAGCAGUGGAUGUGACACGCAGCCCAGGGACAAGGGGACAGUCUGCUUCUGUGACCACCUCACCUUCUUCACCCUUCUCCUGAACCCAGCUCUGGACGGGUCCACAGCACAAGCCCUGAUGGCUGUUGCCACUGUUGGCUGUGGGGUAGCCAUGGCUUUCUCCAUCUUCACCAUUGCCUUCUGCAUCUACUUCAGGUGCAGGUUCAGGUCCGAGGAGACCCUCCGCAUCAACCUGGGGCUGCAUGUGAAUCUGGUGGGCAGCCUGCUCCUCUUGAACCUGGCCUUCCUGCCCAACAGCGGGCUCUCCACUGGAACCCUGCUGGGGACCUGCAAGGCGGGGGGGCUCACCCAUUACUGUCUGCUCUGCUGCUUCACCUGGAUGGCACUGGAGGGCUGUCACGUCUACCUUCUCUUCGUCAAGGUCCUUGGCACCUACAUCCGCCACUAUCUGGUGAAGCUGUGCCUCGUGGGCUGUGGCUUCCCCGCUCUUGUAGUGGGAGUGGCAGGAGAAAAAAAAUCCAGACCAUGGACCACCAGGUGCUGGAUCACUUCCAAACAUCUUCUGGUCCACUACAUCACCAACUGUGGCUACUUUGGCCUCAUCUUCCUCUUCAACACAACUGUUUUUGGGGUGGUGAUCCAGAAGAGCUGCAGUCUGCACAGCACAGGGGUGGUACAGGGAGAUCGCAAGGCCUGGAAGGUGGCCCUGGUGGCAAUGGGGCUCUUUUGCCUGCUGGGAGCCACCUGGGCCCUGACGUUCCUCACCCAUGGCAGAUCCUCUGUGGCCAUGCUCUACUUCUUCACCAUCCUUAACUCCCUCCAAGGUCAGGGCUGGAUCCAAGCUGGGAAUCCUGGGCUCGGUUCCCUGCAGUAAUCUUCAUAUUCAUCUGGCUGGUUGUCCUCUACUACCCAAAGGCAAAGGAGACCAUUGGCUCCUUCUCCCACAUCAUCAGACAUGACAAAGCCAUCAUAG